GACGGGGGUCCGCAGUAGCCAAUUGUAAGAUGAAGUCAUUUCUCAUUCCCCUCGUGAUUUUCUUUGCGGGUCAUUAUGUGGCUGAAGUGUCAAUGCAAAUUAUUCUCGAAGUUCCAGGUUAUGGCGUUCUGAACGGGACCAACGAAACAUCAUCUUUCACCGAGCGCACAUUUUACGCAUUCCGUAGCGUCUACUAUGCAGAAAAGCCAACCCCUGAGACACGAUUUUUGCCACCAAUCCCGAAAGCUCCUUAUCCAAUGGAUGAGAUCCAGCAAACGAUAAACAAUAACGCGGGAUGCACUCAACCCGGUGUUGACAACGAAGAUUGCCUCACUCUGAAUGUUUUUACACCACAAUUGCCAUCUGAAUCCAACACGCUACUCCCUGUCAUGUUCUGGAUCCAUGGAGGAGCCUUUUCUCUCGGACAAGCUCUCGAAUACGUACCUAGCAGGUACAUGGAACACGACAUCGUUCUAGUUGCAAUUCAGUACCGUCUUGGCCCUCUUGGAUUCCUAUCCUUCGACACUGAUGAGGUCCCUGGCAACGCCGCUAUUUUCGACCAAAUCGAAGCUCUUCGUUGGGUCCAGAAACACAUCAAGUACUUUGGCGGAGAUCCUAGUCAAAUAACUAUCGCUGGAGAAAGUGCUGGAAGCGCUAGCGUUACGCUUCUUCUUUUGGCACCACAGACAAGAGGCUUGUUCCAACGUGCUAUCGGUGAGAGUGGAUCAGUCCUUGCUGAAUGGGCUCUCGAUCGAGACGGAAGAGGCAAAGUCGCUUCCGUGACGAUCGCCGAAAUGGCUGGCUGCCCAGUCGAGCCUUACGCAGAAUUACUGUCUUGCGUACAAACUGUUGACGCUGCAUUACUGUCACAAGCCUACCAAAACUACUCCAGACAAGACAUGCUUAACGGUAAUCUUGGCUUCAGCGGUUCAAAUCCAGUCAUUCAGGUUGCUGGAGCUCAACGGAUUAUCGAGUCUGAUCCUCGUGAGCUCUUUAGCUCCGGGAACUUUGCAACCGUCCCAACUAUGUUCGGGGCGAAUAAGCAGGAAGGCACCCUUGUGGCAGGAGUUAUGUACAACAGGUAUCUAGUCCCAAAGAAUUUGACUGAGGACGAAGAAUUUUUGGCCAAUGAUUUGGUUCCUACGUUGUUGAAUGCAUUGCAUAUCGACGAUCCUACUGGAGAACUGGCUGCUCAGCUGACGGAAAAAUACCUUGGAACUGCCGAGAUGGGCAAUCUCACGUCAAUGACGCCUGGAUUAGUUGAUAUGCUCAGUGUAUUGUUCCUGAAAGCACCAACAUACGAGACGACCCAACUUGUUUCUCAACAUAAUCCAGAUGCGUUUUUCUAUUCCUUCGAAUACGAAGGAAGAAAUUCAAUUUUCGAAUACGCAUUUGCCGCAAAUCCGGUGCCAAUUCCUCACGGAGUGAGCCACGCUGAUGAAAUGAUCUAUUUGUUUGUCUUCCCGUUCCCGUCCAUUCCACCUGGUCUGAACGCCAGUGAAACUGAACUAUCCAAGAAAAUGCUUCAAGUUUGGACCAACUUUGUCACAUACAGCGAUCCAACUCCUGACGGUGUAGCUCUUCUCGACGGUAUACCCAAAUUUUUGCCCUACAACCCUGUCGAUGAAUCUUACACAGCUAUCGAUGAUUUUUGGAGAACGGAGGCGGAUUACACGUUGACGUACACGGUGACAGUGGAUGAGCUCAACCCUCCCGUUCAAAAACGGAAGUCUUACAAAGGACAAUACGGUCCUGUCUUGCCCACCAAGAAUAAUUACCUUGGGUAUUGAUUAACAAGUCCAGACCUGUCACUGUUCAAUUUAACGGACAUGUGCAUGCCCCGCGCACUGAAUUUGUUUUGUAACUUUUCAUAACACCUGGAUAUAAUGUAUAUUUUAAUCGAGUAACUUGUGUUGUAGAAUGUAUUUCCUGAUCAACAUUGA